AUGGAGCGUUUGGCCUCCUUCAGCAGUGACCCUUUUGACAAACCUCCGUGCCGUGGGUGCUCCUCCUACCUCACAGAGCCCUAUGUGAAGUGUGCUGAGUGUGGCCCUCCUCCCUUCCUCCUGUGCCUGCAGUGUUUCACCAGAGGAUUUGAAUACAAGAAACACCAAAGUGAUCACACUUACGAGAUCAUGACAUCAGAUUUCCCUGUCUUGGAUCCCAACUGGACAGCUCAGGAGGAAAUGUCUCUCCUCGAAGCUGUGAUGGACUGUGGAUUUGGGAACUGGCAGGAUGUAGCCAACCAGAUGUGUACCAAAUCCAAGGAGGAGUGUGAGAAGCACUACAUGAAGCACUUCAUCAACAACCCCCUGUUUGCAUCCACCUUGCUGAACCUGAAGCAGGCAGAGGAGGCACAGCACAGUGAAACAGCCAUUCCCUUCCACUCUGCUGAUGAUCCCCCACGGCCUGCCUUUGAUUCCUUGCUCUCCAGGGACAUGGCUGGGUACAUGCCAGCCAGAGCUGACUUUGUUGAGGAGUUUGACAACUAUGCUGAAUGGGAUUUGAGAGAUAUUGAUUUUGUAGAAGAUGAUUCAGACAUUUUGCAUGCCCUGAAGAUUGCAGUUGUAGAUAUCUAUCACUCCAGGUUAAAGGAAAGACAGAGAAGGAAAAAAAUUGUAAGAGAUCAUGGCCUGAUCAACCUCAGGAAGUUUCAGAUUCUGGAAAGGCGAUACCCCAAGGAGGUGCAGGAGCUGUACGAGAUGAUGCGUCGGUUCGCGCGGAUCCUGGGGCCGGUGGAGCACGACAAGUUCAUCGAGAGCCACGCGCUGGAGUUUGAGCUGCGAAGGGAAUACAGAGCAUCAGGAAUCACCAACUUCUGCAGUGCCAGGACCUAUGACCACCUGAAGAAGACGCGGGACGAGGAGCGGCUGAAGCGCACGAUGCUCUCGGAGGUGCUGCAGUACAUCCAGGACAGCAGUGCCUGCCAGCAGUGGCUCAGCCGCCAGGCAGACAUUGAUUCUGGCCUGACUCCCACGGUACCAGUUCCCUCAACUACGGGCAGGCGCAGUGCCCCACCGCUGAACCUCACCGGGCUGCCAGGCACAGAGAAGCUCAACGACAAGGAGAAGGAGCUCUGUCAGAUGGUGAGGUUGGUCCCUGGAGCCUAUUUGGAAUAUAAAGCUGCUUUAGUGAGCGAGUGCAACAAACAGGGAGGCCUGAGACUGGCGCAGGCUCGAACCCUCAUCAAGAUCGAUGUGAACAAAACCAGGAAAAUCUAUGACUUCCUGAUCAGAGAAGGAUACAUCACAAAGGCCUGA